GCCUCCGCGGGUGUCCGUGCGGGCGGCAGUGCCGCUGGCCCCGGGAGCUGGAGGAUGGUCCGGUGGCGGGGCCGGGCGCGGGGCGUCGCGGUGGCGGUGGCGCACGGGCUGUGCUCGGGCUCGCUGAACAUCCUGCUCAAGUUCUUGCUGGCCCGCUACCACUUCGCCUUCCUGACGCUACUGCAGUGCCUCAGCAGCGCGGCGGCGGCGCUGGGGCUGGAGGCGCUGCGGCGGCGGGGGCUGGCGGCGCUGCCCCCCUUCGGGCUCCGCCUGGCUCGCCCCUUCGCCGCCGUGGCCGCCCUGGCCACGCUGCAAUCCACCCUCACGCUCUGGUCGCUGCGUGGCCUCAGCCUCCCCAUGUAUGUGGUCUUCAAGCGCUGCCUGCCCCUCGUCACCCUCCUCACCGGCGCCCUGGUGCUGCGCGACGGCAUGCCUUCACCCGGCGUCCUGGUGGCCGUCCUCAUCACCACUUGCGGCGCCGCUCUGGCCGGUGCUGGUGACCUGACCGGAGAUGCCAUGGGCUACGUGACUGGCGUGCUGGCUGUUCUGAUCCACGCCGCGUACCUGGUGCUCAUUCAGAAGACCAGCGUUGACAGCGAAUACGGGCCCCUGACAGCUCAGUAUGCCAUUGCUGUUUCAGCCACCCCUUUUCUUAUAAUCUGCUCCUUUGCCAGCAUGGACUCUAUCAACGUCUGGUCUUUCCCAGGCUGGAAGGACCCUGCUAUGGUAUGCAUCUUCAUCGCCUGCGUCCUGAUCAGCUGUGCCAUGAACUUUACCACCCUUCACUGCACCUAUAUUAACUCAGCUGUGACCACCAGCUUUGUAGGGGUGGUGAAAAGUAUAGCAACCAUCACGGUGGGCAUGGUGGCGUUCAAUGAUGUGGAGCCCAACGAGGACCUGGAGAAGGAAGGUAGAGAAGAAGAGGGGAAAAGGCAGGCUGGGGACCAAGCGCUGUUUGCAAUGGAGGUGAUUUCCCCGGAGAAGGGGGCUAGGGAAGCAGCAGUGGAAGGAUCAGCUGAAGGGGACGGCCAGGGUGGAGAGGACGAGAAGGACAGCGCCAAGAAAACUGCUGGGGAGCCAUCGGCUCAGGGAAAAGCCACCAGCACACAAGAUGGAAGCAGGAACUCGCUGAAGGAUGCCUAUCUCGGAGUAUGGAGGUUGGUGAGGGGUGCUAAUUAUAUAAAGAAGGAUUAUUUGAUAGAAAAUGAAGAGCUACCGAGCCCUUGAAAAGCAGGUGUGAAAACCCCACAGAACAUGUUGCUUGAGGACAGACAGCUGGGAUCUAUGUACAGAGGGAGAGGCAGAGUAUACAUUUCCACAUCAAUGCUGACGAAUCCAAGUCAUUUAGGAUAACUUUACCUCAUUGUCAAAAAGCAAAAGGUCAGGGUUUGCUCAUGCUUUCUGCUUGCAUUUAACUGCUUUCAGUACAUCCAUUUAGACCUACCACAGCUAAGGGUACCAAGUCCUUUGCUGUGGAUACAGAGUUGGAUAACGGUGAGCUGUGGGGAUGACCAGGAGGGGUAUCAGUGCCACUAGGCUGAAAGCAGUGCCAGCAGUAGUCUGUAGCUUGAGGCUCUGUUGAUGUGAUUCUUUAUCUGUAUCCAUCCAAUUCUAGGUACUCUGUACAAGCAUAUUCCUGCAAUUUGUAAGUUCCUAUUAACUGUACUUGUAUGUGCUCCUCUGUGUCAGUACAAUUGCAACAGAGCUAGAGGCUGUGCCAGGUGAAUUGUAUUGGUGUAUGAUCACCCACCUAGCUGAAGAAUUGAAAUUCUCCCUGAUUCUGUGGCCAGGCUGGACCAUGGUCCAGCUUUAUGUUAUGUGGUUCGUGUCUUCAGUGGAAAUGCUUCUAUCUUGCACAUGCAGGAGAGCAGAACCAGAUCUGAACUUUUGAGAAGCUUUAGUCAGCAGAAGAAGGACAUUUGCUUGCGAGCUUUGACUACAUGUAGCACUGGGAAUAUUAGCUUGACUGAAAUACAGUCAUUUGGAAAUAUUGGGUUGUAUUGAUUUGACUUGGGAAGGCUAUUAAAAAAAUACAGGGAGAAAGUGUGCCUUGGACUAUCCCUCUUUUACUGUUGAGUUGGGCAGCUCUCAGCCUGUGCCUGAACCUGGGUGCAGGCUACAGCAGAGAUGUGGGGAUCAUCUCUGCCCACGCCCACACCAGGACUCCCAGGGCUUCUUUGGCAGGGCAGUGCUGCCAUGACCUGACUGCUGGGCCGUGGCAUGGUGUGGCUACAGUGUUCUGUGGAUGCAGGCAGGGAGCUCUGGUAGAUCGCACUCAGGGGCUGGGUCUGCACAGCACGCUUGGCACUGGAGAACCUCGGUCUUUGGGAGAAGCUGUGCCCCUUUGUUCUCAGUGCUUCCUUGUGGUGCUCAGCAUUGGGUGCUUAAGGACUCGUGUGGGAAGCAGGAAGCAUGAUCUCCAGUGGGUCUUCUAAGCAAUAUGCUCAUAAUUUGUACCAAAUACCUGUAGCAGGGAAGACAGAGGAAACAAGUGUCUGAGUAUUUCUUAGCCUGGGGAUGCCCCUUGGGAGGCAGCAGUCCUUGGGUCAUGCCUAUGCUCAGGGCCAUACAGAGAAGAGGUCUGACCCCAAGUCCUUGUCAUCCCAAGAGUGCCCCAGCAGUCAGCUGUCUGGACCACAGACUGAAACAAGUGGUUACCAUUUCUGGGAAAAACAAAACGAAUCAAGUUUUUGCCAUUGUUUUGGUGGUUGUUGUUUUUGUUAUUUAUUAUUAUUAUUAUUAUUAUUAUUAUUAUUAUUUAUUAAGCCACUGAACUAUAAACCAGCUACACCUACAGCCUCAGUUAAACAGUGCCUACCCUAAUGCCUUCUUCAUUCUGACAGACAGCUUUCACCUUCUGGUGAAUUCAGCACUGAAAUCAGCAGUGAGCAAUUUCCCCAGCAGGGAAUAUUUACAAAAUUAGUCUCUAGGGAAAAAGUAGAUUCUUGUCAAUUUAAAUACAGAUAGAAAUUGUUGGGCGCAAUAGUAUUUUUUCACAAUGACUGCAGAAGUUGGAUGACCUGGUGUCACCGUGGAUUUGGAAAGGGACUGUUAAUGAAGGCGAUCAGCCUGUAGCUGCUGCGUUGUGGGGAUGGGGCACGGAAACCUGAACAUCACACAUUGCGUAUAGCUGCUGCUUCAGAGUGGAGAAAUACCAACUGUGCUGAAAUAUGUUUACUUUCUGCUCAAGCUCCAUAAGGCAUCUGUCAAUAAAAGCACUAUUUAUUGUUUAUGAGCCAAUGGGUAUUUUUGUUAUUUUUCAAAUACAUCUUAAAUAAGGCUGUGCUUGUAGUGUAGAGUUGCGCUGUUACUGGACUCUUUACAGUACCAUCUACAUAGCAGUCCAUACAUAUGGCUGAAGAGAAACCUGCAUUUCUGACCUGCUCUUACUGCUCAGUGCUGUUUGACCACAGAAAUGAGGAUCUUUUCGCCACCUGACUGCCAGUCCCAGUGUAGCGCACUGUGCUUCCUUGGCACGCGCUAUAGAAAGCUCUCGGCUGGGAUUUGUACCGCAGGACUUUUUUAUGGGGGAGUUCAGUGUUUUGCCUUUUACUGUUGUGGAAGUAUCAGUAGAAACUUGUGGAAAUUUGAACAGUUUCAACUGUUAAAAAAAGCUGCUGUUACCAUGUUGUAUGUUUGCAUGUGUAGGAAAAAAUGUGAUGAUGUUGUAUGCUAUUUAUACGUUUAAAUUCCCUAAAUUAAAAUGGGAAUUUGGCAAAUGCAGUUAACUUUUUUUUUUUUUUUUCCCCUCUCAAUAAAGAGACUGUUGCACAAAAAUAAAAGUACUGCCUCGUGCAGAGGCAUUUUUAUAGCACCAGUGGAAGACUACGGAAUGAGAUGUGGGAAUAAAAUGCACUGCUUUCCAGAAGUUCUGGUUUUCUUAUUGUCGCCACUCUGGGGUGCUCAUUUUUACUUCAUUUAUCAUUAUUCCUGUGCCUUUAUACCAUCCAAGCUUCCUCAGCAUGUGACAGCACACUAUUAAUACUGUCAUUGACAGAGGGACCGAGGACAGACAAAGGAGCACAAAAACUCUGAAGUGUCUGAGCUGUCUCUACACUUCUAUGUAUCUGUUGUCGUCGGCAGUGCUUUCUUUGGCCACAUAUUUAAAAUGGCUUAGUGUCAGUAGAGCAACCGCUCUGACUUUAGAAGGAAAACAAUUAAACAAGAUGACGCUCAUUAUUAAUAGUAUUUGUUGUACUGGUUAUGUCACCUGCUGGCCUACCAGCUGACUGAACAAUUACUUUUUAUGUAAAUGCAAAUUUACAGUUGUACCUACUGAAUCUUGAGCUGUGCCCCCUGAUGUGUCCGGUGAUGAUAUCAGGAUUCACCUGAGAGGCGCCUUCAUGACAGGUUGGAGAAAGGAGCUGUCCUUGGUUCUGAGCGACGAGUCAGUCUGAUGCACAAUAACUGCUUUGAGAAUAAACAUUAAUUUCAAUGCGGAUACAUCCCCGAGUAGCACC